CUCUAUGUUUUAUUUGCUUCCCCCUCGAUGUGGAAAGGAGCCAGCUGUGUUAGAACUAGUAUCUCAAGAACACGAUCUGCCAUUCACUUUUGCUAUGCUGAGGCUGUAAAGGAGGCCUCAGCACAGUGUGGAUCCUAUGGGAAUUGCUGGCUUUGAUCAUGAAUUACCUUUGCUUAUGUGUUCACCAUCCUUCAUGGUACUAGAUUCAAAGUUCUGCAUAUGCUGGAAAUUUCACUGACCCAAAAUGUUCCUGACCACUGAAAACUUCCCUCAGAUCCCUUUUUGUACAUCAGUUCAUUAUUGUCCACAUGCUCUUGAAUAGUUGCUGCACCUCUCUAAAUCCUUGCUGUUCCAUUUCUUUGUGCAUUAGGUUCUCUCUAAAUCUAAUGGAUGUGAUUGAAGAAGCUGACACCAUUAGCAGGUGCAGUUCAGCUGAGAUUGAAUUCCUUUUGGGCUGUCCAUAAACUGUGAAACAGAAGGAUGCAGAAGACUGUCCCUUGCCUUUUUGUACAUGAGUGAUAAGAGCACAAGAUCAUUAGUACAAGUUUGCUGCAAAGAUGAGUUCAGAGGAGAAGAGUUUAUCUCCAGCUCACAAAACAUCCACUCCAUCACAUCGAAGUGCCUCCUCUUCAUCAUCAUCUCAGAGGGACAGGAGGCAGAGCAUUCAUAUUUUGGAGCGGAAAGCUUCUUCAGGAAGCACAGACCCUUCUUUAAGCAAGCAGUUCCUUGAAAGUGACCCUAUCUCUCUAUCCAAGGAACCUGACAGCUGGGAAAUCAUUGAGGGUCUGAAAAUAGGUCAGACCAAUGUCCAGAAGCCAGACAAACAUGAAGGUUUCAUGCUGAAAAAGAGAAAAUGGCCUCUAAAAGGUUGGCACAAGAGGUUUUUUGUCCUGGAUAAUGGAAUGUUGAAAUAUUCAAAGUCACCAAUUGAUAUACAGAAAGGCAAAGUCCAUGGGAGCAUUGAUGUUGGUUUAUCAGUUAUGUCUAUAAAGAAGAAGGCUCGUAGAAUAGAUCUUGACACAGAAGAACACAUCUAUCAUCUGAAGGUGAAGUCACAGGAUUCGUUUGAUGCAUGGGUUUCAAAAUUACGCCACCACCGGUUGUACCGUCAGAAUGAGAUUGUGAGAUCUCCAAGAGAUGCUAGCUUUCAUAUAUUCCCUUCAGCCUCUACAACAGAGUCAUCACCGGCUGCUAAUGUGUCAGAUGGAAAGGUGCAGCAAAAUAGCCUCCCCUGGCAGUCUCCUAUACCUUGCAGUAACAGCCUUCCUGCUACCUGCACUACUGGUCAGAGUAAAGUAGCGGCCUGGUUGCAGGAUUCUGAAGAGAUGGACAGAUGUGCAGAAGAUCUUGCUCAUUGUCAAUCAAACCUUGUGGAACUCAGUAAACUUCUUCAAAAUUUAGAAAUAUUACAGAGAACUCAGUCAGCACCUAAUUUCACAGACAUGCAGGCUAACUGUGUAGAUAUUUCAAAGAAAGACAAGCGGGUCACGAGACGAUGGAGAACAAAAAGUGUCAGCAAAGAGGCAAAAAUUCAACUUCAGGAAGGGCCAGCACCGAAGGGGCAGUUCAGCACAACACGACGCCGGCAGAGACUAGCAGCUGCAGUGGCUACAACAGUUCCGUUCAGUGCUACAAUGUCACCUGUUCGACUGCAUUCAUCCAAUCCCAACCUUUGUGCAGACAUUGAGUUUCAGACUCCCCCAAGCCAUGUAGCGGACCCUCUGGGGUGCUCUGCUGAGUACAUGAAGCUUCAGGAAGAAUUCUGCCUGAUGGCACAAAAAGUGCAUUCUCUUUUGAAGUCUGCCUUUAACAGCAUAGCUAUAGAGAAGGAGAAGCUUAAGCAGAUUGUUUCAGAGCAAGAUCUUACAGGACACAAUGCUCAAGUAGCACACCUCAGACAGUCCCUCUCUCAGGCUCUCAACCAGAAUGCUGAACUAAGGAGUCGCUUGAACAGAAUACAUUCAGAAUCUGUUAUUUGUGAUCAGGUUGUCAGUGUAAAUAUUAUCCCUAGUCCUGAUGAGACAGGUGAACAAAUUCAUGUCAGUUUGCCACUGUCUCAGCAAGUUUCUAAUGAGAGCAGGCUCUCUAUGUCUGAAUCUGUUUCAGAGUUCUUUGAUGCACAGGAAGUGCUUUUAUCUGCCAGCUCAUCAGAAAACGAGGCUUCUGAUGAUGAAUCUUACAUCAGUGAUGUGAGUGAUAAUAUAUCUGAGGACAACACCAGUGUUGCAGACAACAUUUCUCGGCAAAUUCUUAAUGGUGAGUUGACAGGAGGUGCAUUCAGGAACGGACGGAGAACUUGUCUCCCAGCUCCCAGCCCUGACACCAGUAACAUCAAUCUGUGGAAUAUUUUGAGAAAUAACAUUGGCAAAGAUCUUUCCAAAGUAUCUAUGCCUGUUGAGCUAAAUGAACCUCUGAAUACCUUGCAACAUCUUUGUGAAGAGCUGGAAUACAGCGAACUUUUGGACAAGGCUGCUGAAACAGAUGAUCCUUAUGAACGCAUGGUUCUCAUAGCUGCUUUUGCAGCAUCAGGCUAUGCCUCUACAUACUUCAGAGCAGGAAGCAAGCCAUUUAACCCAGUGCUUGGUGAAACUUACGAAUGUAUUAGAGAAGACAAAGGAUUUCGAUUUUUCUCAGAGCAGGUUAGCCACCAUCCUCCCAUUUCAGCCUGUCACUGUGAAUCGAAGAACUUUGUGUUUUGGCAAGAUAUCAGAUGGAAAAACAAAUUCUGGGGGAAAUCAAUGGAGAUUCUGCCAGUUGGAACCUUGAAUGUGACUCUUCCAAAGUAUGGCGACUACUAUGUCUGGAACAAAGUCACUACUUGCAUACAUAAUAUUCUUAGUGGAAGGAGGUGGAUAGAACACUAUGGAGAGAUAACUAUCAGAAACACAAAAAGCAGCAUUUGUAUUUGUAAACUUACGUUUGUCAAGGUGAACUACUGGAAUUCAAAUGUAAAUGAGGUCCAGGGUGUUGUGAUAGAUCAAGAGGGGAAGGUGGUUCAUCGCCUUUUUGGAAAGUGGCAUGAAGGCCUUUAUUGUGGGGUUGCACCUUCAGCCAAAUGCAUAUGGAGGCCAGGCUCCAUGCCAACCAAUUAUGAACGUUAUUAUGGCUUCACGAGAUUUGCUAUUGAGCUCAAUGAAUUAGAUCCUUUACUGAAAGAUCUUCUUCCUAUGACAGAUGCACGAUUCAGGCCAGAUCAAAGGCUUCUGGAGGAAGGAAAUAUAGAAGCAGCAGCAUCUGAGAAACAAAGAAUAGAGGAACUCCAGAGAGGUCGGAGGCGAUACAUGGAGGAAAACAACAUUGAAUAUAGACCCAAAUUUUUUAAAAAAGUUAUUGAUGCUAAUCAAAGAGAAGCCUGGGUUACCAAUGAUACCUACUGGGAACUGCGAAAGGAUCCUGGCUUUAGCAAAGUAGAAAUUCCCAUACUCUGGUAAACUGAGAAUGUAGAUCUAGUAAACAUAUCACUCUGAAGAAAAAAAUAACUAUGCACAAUAUGUUUCUAAUAGCUAAGUGUGGUUUGUGGGUCUGCGGAAAAACCUAUCAUUCACAUUUAUAUUCAUCUUUAUAAUGGACUUCUGAAAGUGCAUUAGACCAGGCCCCUGACCACUUCUGGAUCUUUUUAAUUUUGCAGCAGCCAUUAAAAAAAAAAAAAACAAAGAAAAAAAAAGGGAAAAAAUAAUAAAAAAAAGAAACAGAAACCUUUUAAAGUUUCAUACAUUGAAAAUUCAGAACAAAAGAAGCAGAUGAGUUAUCCAAAGUCACUUGGAAGAGGUGGUAAAUGCAGAACUGCAACCGGUGCUUUAAACAGACAUUAAGAGCAAUGUAAUUUAAAUAAAAAAAAAAAAAAGAAGAAAAAGAGAAAAAAAUUCCAUUUUAUUUCAACUAUUUUUGUUAAAAACUCUUGGGUCACAGCAUUGUCAUUUCUGGCUUCAGGUUAGUCCUUUGGUGUGAUGUGGUUGGACUGGCCUUUGUCAAAAAGAUAUGCUUUUCCGGAAGCUGUUCCCAUUCAUAUGCCAUUGUUCAUGCCUUAAACAAAAUAUGAAGAUGUACAGUAAGUAAUUUUAAAAUAUGUAUGCUUAGGCUUAUGUGAAGGGCAGAUUUUUAAAGCACUAGAAUUUUAUCCUGAUAUAAAUAUUGGAGAACCUGCAUUAUUUAAAAUCAAAAAACAACCGAACAUCUAACUGUAUUUCAGAGGUAUGAGAUCUACUGUAUAUGCUUUAGCUUUGGGAAGCUGACUGUAUACUCAGACUGAAAAGAAACUGCAAACUGCUUGAAUUUGAGGCAGUUUUGAAAAAUGCGUAUGAAUUGCUGGUCAGAAAAUUAUAUUCGAAAUGACUGAUGUUGAGUUUCCCCGUAACUGUUUAUACAAUUAGAAUUCCCUGAAGUUUUGCAACAGUGUUAAAAGCACAGGAAGAUUUCAUGGGAAGGACUCUGGCUUCUCUCUGGAAGCUGGAUAGUACUAUAAAAAUGCAACUGUUUUCUGCCGCACAUACUGCUUACUGGCUCUGAUUUGUCCCCAUCCACUUUUCUUACCUAAAUUUAUAUUUGAGAGUAUGGAAGAGGCUCCCAUGUGUUGUAGCUAACAACUACUAUUUGUGUUGCCAAAAUAGCUUUUGUGCAAAAUUAUAUUUUACAGUUUUUUGUAAAGUGAUUCUAUAUUUUUUGAUUAAGAACCAAGUCUCUUAUGUGUUGCUAAGCCUCAGUUAAUAUAUGUGGGAGAAGGCUUGGCACUUUCUAUUUGAAAAUCUCUGAAACAUUAAACAGUAGGGCAGAUUUUAAUAAAAAGAAACAAAGUAAUUUUAUUAGGUAAAAACUGCAUUCCAUAUAGUAUGAUCUAGUCUUCCAUUUAUGCACGUAUUAUACAUCCAGGCACUGAUGAUAGGUUAGAUUUCAUGCAUAUACACUGUGUUUCUUUCUAUUCAUAUGCAGCAUACAUAGUGCACUUGAAUUUUUCUAUUGAAGAUUGAUUCCAGUACCGAGACCUAAAAAAAAGCAUUAGAGAGGUAUGUGAUCCUGCCAGCAGAGCUGCUUGGACAGUUCUCAGUAGAUUACCACACGUACCCAGCUCUCUACCUGCUUCUGUUUUUUUGCAGAGUCAGGUCCCUACAGAACUGAGAUUACUUUGGUUAUUUAAUACACAUUCAGUUCUUCCCCUUGUUUGUAUGGCAAAGCCACUGGCAAAGCAACUAGCUACUAAAGAAUUCCAGUUUCUUCACAUAGUUCUGUUAUCAGGCAGAACUAUGAAAACCUAAAGAAAAUAUAAAGUAGACAUUUUAAAGAGCUGUGAAUGCUCAUGUAUUGCUUAUGAUAUUUGUUAUAAAAAACCUGUGUGUGUAUUAAACAGGAUUUCUUCCAAAGAAAAUUUUGAAUCAUUUAAAGAACAAUAUCUUUUUUUUUCCUAGUUGAAACUAGUCUGAAUAUUUAUUUUUUUUUUUUAGUUCUGCAAUUAUUUUGAGAAAAUGGAAAUAUAUCAGAGUUUGGGGUUUUAAUCAUAUUUGGUUAAAUUCAUCCUACUUGCUUCAAUGACUACGAAUUAAAUUGGCACACUGUGUGCAAAACAGCAA